ACUAAAAAAAUGAAUGUAGUACAAACAACAGCAAACGAAAUGGCCAAUAAUAAUACAGUAGCAACAACAACAACAACAUCGACAACAAAUUCAAAUGCAAAUGCUACUUCGGUGGUUGCUGCUACAGUUGUUGGUGGCGGUGGUGGUAAUGGAAAUAUUAUUGGUCAACAACAACAACAACAACAACAUCAACAACCAUCAGUAACAUUAACAAUACGUUUGAUUAUGCAAGGAAAAGAAGUUGGAAGUAUAAUCGGUAAAAAAGGAGAUAAUAUUAAAAAAUUUCGUGAAGAGAGUGGAGCAAAAAUAACCAUUUCGGAUGGUUCAUGUCCUGAACGUAUUGUAACUGUAACUGGAUCAACUGAAUCAAUAUUAAAAGCAUUCGCUAUGAUUGCACGUAAAUUUGAAGAGGAUGCCAAUAAUAAUAGUACAAUGGGAAUGGGUACAAAUUUUAAUAUUUCCAAUACAACGAUGGCAUCAUCAACAACAUCAUCAUCAACAUCAUCAUCAUCAUCAAAUGGCAAACAGAAUUCAAUUUCAAUGCCUGUAACAUUAAAAUUAAUUGUACCAGCAAGCCAAUGUGGAUCAUUAAUUGGUAAAGGUGGUUCGAAAAUAAAAGAAAUACGUGAAAUCACCGGUGCCAGUAUACAAGUUGCUAGUGAAAUGUUACCAAAUUCAACUGAACGUGCUGUAACAUUAUCCGGUUCAGCUGAUUCAAUAACAAAAAGCAUCUAUCAAAUUUGCUGUGUUAUGUUGGAGUCACCACCAAAAGGCCCUACCAUUCCUUACCGUCCUAAACCUGCAAUGCCGCCGGUAUUUUUUGCUGGUGGACAAGCAUAUACGAUACAGGGACAAUUUGCAAUUCCACAUCCAGAUGCCUUUAAUGCACCACCACCAACCAUAUCAUCUUCUGCUGCCGUUGCUGCCGCUGCUGCUGCUGCUGCAUCAUAUUUUGAUACAGCAGCAGUACAAUCUUGUGCAUUACAGCAACAUUUUAAUCAAUUAAAUCAACUUAAUUCACAUAAUCAUCCUCAUCCGCAUCAUCAUCAACAUCAACAUCAGCAUCAUUAUAAUCAUCAUUCACAUCAUCAUGGAACAACAACAUCAACAACAAGACAAUUAUCAAAUUCAUCACAACAACAACAACAAUCACAUUUUUCAUCAUCACCACAACCACCAAAUCAAUUAUCAUCAUCAUCAUCAUCAUCAUCACCUGUUAAUCAUCAUCAACAUCAAUUAAUUGUUACCGGUAAUGGUGGUAUAAAUCAUCAUCAUCAAGGUAAUAUUAUUGAUCAUCAUCAAUCGAUAUCAUUAUCACAACAACAACAACAACCACAAACACCAUCAUCAUCAUCUUCAUCAUCAUCAAAUGGUGGUGGUGGUGGCGGUGGUGGUAAUAGUAUUUUAAAUCCAUCACAUACAUUUCUCGACAUAUCAACUGCACAAUAUUCACCUGGAUUUCUCACAAAGCUUCAUAGAUUGGCAUUGCAGCAUGCUCCUCUCCUUCCUGGACAGGCCGUUGGCUCCCUCAAUCCCCAAGCAACAUUGGCCACAUUGGCAGCAAACACAACCGCUUCUAUGGGCCACCACGGCAAUACCGCCACCACCAACAAUCCAGGAAUGGUCGCUACUCUCACCACCGAAAUGACUAUUUCCAAUGAUAUUAUUGGUUCGGUGAUUGGUAAAGGUGGUUCGAAAAUUAAUGAAAUUAGACAAUUAUCCGGUGCAACAAUUAAAAUCAAUAGCAGUGAAGAAGGAACAAAAGAUCGUACAAUAACAAUAAGCGGUACACCUGAAGCAAUCAAUUUGGCUCAAUACCUCAUCGCAACAAGUAAUGGUUUAUUGAACAAUACCGGAACAUCAACAACAACAAAUCAUCAUGCUACGGCUGCUGCUCAUGCUGCAGCUGUUGCUCAUGCAUCAACAUUAUCAACAACCGGUCAAACAAAUUCAUUAUCAGCAAUGGCAGCUGUUGCUGCUGCUGUUUCAAAUAAUGCUAAUAAAUUAUAUACAACCGGUAAUCUAUCUAAACAUAAUAUUCAAUCAAUAACAACUAUUUCAAAUGGUUCAACAUCAAAAUCGAAUAAAAAUGAUCGUAAAUAUGCACCAUAUUGAUUUCGACCAAAACAAAUUCAAGAAUAACGAAAAAAGACAAAAAACAAAAUGAUAAACGAUGUUUUGCGAUUGUAUCCCUUAAACCAACCAACCAACCAACCGCAUCAUCUUGUGUUUUGUUUCAUUUUUCUUCACACACCGUCGAUCAUCAUCAUCAUCAUCAUCAACCGAUAAUAACAUCAGUUUUUAAUCAAUUUAAUCAUUAUUGGAAACAUUUCUACUUUUACACACACAAGACAUACACACACACACUAAUCUUCUACAUACCAUUUAUAUUAACGAAUCGUUUAUUUUCUUUCGUAAAAAACAAAAUACUCAUCAUCAUUAUCAUUGUUUGAACUGUCAAAGCGAAAACGAUCCAAAAAAAAAAAUUACAGACUUUCUUUCUAUCUAAUUCGACGAGAAUUUUAAAAAAAAAAAAUAUAUUAAUCUCGUGAUAAACGUUUAUCUGUAAACCAUUAACCAUAUUAUUUCCAUU